AUGGUCGAAAGCCGACAAUGCGAGGUUCUGGCCAUUGUGUGUACUUUCACAGUCGUCGCUUCUUUUACAGUCUUCCUUAGAGUAUGGUCGCGCUAUCUCGGACGCAACUUUUGCUGGGACGACUGGUUGAUUCUGGCUGCUUUUGUGCUCCUCAUAGCGGAUACCGUGGGAACAUGGAUGUACAUCAUAUUGAGUGGCACUGGCUACCAUAUCUAUGACCUGCCCAAGAAGUCGAUUGAAGAGCAGCUUGUGGCGUUGAGAUGGAACUUCACUGUACAAAUGCUGUACCAUCCACUCAUGGGAUUGAUUCGGGCAUCUAUCAUCAUGUUUCUUUUCCGCAUGAAGGACGGUCGUCGUCGCAUAAGAUACCCAUUGCACGUUACUUUCUGGCUCAACAUCCUCUACUCCAUCGGAUCAACGAUAGUCAACGUCGUACAGUGCACUCCCAGAGCCUAUGCUUGGUCCAGGCCCGCCAUGGAUAGCAUUGAUGCUAACGGGAAUGUCAUACCAGGCGGUACAUGUAUCGACUCGCGGACAUUCGUAUUGGUAUCUUGUGCUCUAUCGAUUUUCAUGGAUCUCAUCAUCAUUCCCAUACCUUCCGUCAUGGUGUGGGGUCUUCAGAUGCAUCGACGCACAAAGAUUCUGGUAGUGAUUGUGAUGAGCCUGGGAUGGAUUGCGACGGGAGUGUCGGUAGGUAGGUUUAUCGUAUAUUACUACCGAUUUGCCCCUACCAACAAAGACCGUACCUGGGAUAUCGGUAUUGGAAUCAGCAUCGCCGAACCUGCCGUACACAUUAUGACAGCAUGCGCACCGGCGACUAAGUGCCUCUUCCGAUACCUAUUCCCACAGUAUGGCACGAAUCAGAACACGUCGUACUACCAGAACCGCACCGCGGAUACAAACCGACACAAUGCCAAGGUAUUCGGGAAUUUCCACUUCGGGUUGUCCAACAACAUAGACGAUGAGAUCACCAUGGAGGGGAUGGGAGGCGCACCGAGGACUGCUCCGCUUCCGCCAGUGAAGGACGACUCUGAAUAUGGGCUGAAAGCUAUGGGAAGCUUUGAGUCAAAAGAGUAUGUUGCAAGAGGAAUAGGCAGGAAGAAGAGUUGUUCGAAGACGGCAUGCACGGAAGCAAGCGAGCCAGUGGAGAUCGAACCGAAGCAUUGCCUGGGGCAAGCUCGGUGA